GUUGUAGGCGGGCCGCGCUUCGUCGUCGCAGCUAUUUCCGGUCUUUAAAUGGAGCGCACCUCUCCCGCGUUGGUGUUAGCCGAGCAGCGAGCUAACUGAUGGCACGUCCUCAUUAGAAGCAGCCUUUGGUAGUAUCGGGAGCGUCACCGACCUCUUCCCUCAUGUUUGCCCGCUUCGUGUCGCCGCUUCUGCCGCUACUGCUUCUGGCCGCACCAGCACCCGCUCACUUCUUCCAGCUGGGCACGCUGUCCAACGUGUCCUCGUACUACUUUAACUACAUUUACUGCAACAUUUGGGAGAGCGAGUGUCAGCCCCACCAGGACGAUGCGACGCAGCAAGUUCCUGCGAGGGCCAUUUGGGCCGCUUUUGUCCAGGACUACACGAACCUGCUGUACCGCUGGUACUGCAGCCUGGGUCAGUGCUGCGAGACCGGAGACUGCAGGGUGACAAACAACAUCACUGGUUUGGCCAAAGACCUUCAGAGCAAGCUACACGGGCAGCACUUGGCCCAGUCUGUGGUUCUAAAAGCAAUCCAGGGUUUCAUCAACAACCCCGAGUCCAACAAGCCCCUGACGCUCUCCUUCCACGGCUGGUCGGGCACUGGGAAGAACUUUGUGGCCCGGAUGGUGGCAGAUAACCUUUAUCGCGACGGGGUGAAGAGCGAGUGCGUCCGGCUGUUCAUCGCUCCGUUCCACUUUCACCAUGCUAGGAUGGUGGACACGUACAAGGGUCAGCUGAAAGAGGCAAUCCGGGACACGGUCCUGCGAUGUUCCCAGACGCUCUUCAUCUUCGACGAAGCCGAGAAGCUGCACCCGGGCCUCAUCGACGCCAUCAAGCCGUACAUGGCCCACUACGACAACGUGGAUGGGGUCAACUACCGCAAGGCCAUCUUCCUCUUCCUCAGUAAUAUUGGAGGAGCAACAAUCAACGACGUUGCGUUGGACUUUUGGCACUCAGGUCAGAACCGAGAGGACAUCGGGAUGGAGGAUCUGGAACACCGAUUACGAGCGGAAACAAUGGAGGCUCAUGGCGGUUUUGCCAAGAGCGAGCUUAUGUCUGGCCACCUGAUUGACUUCUUCGUGCCCUUCCUACCUCUGGAGUACCGUCACGUCAAGCUAUGCGCGAAGGACGCCUUCGCCGCACGAGGCCUGGAGACGGACGAGGCCACGCUGGAUGAGGUGGCCAAGGCCAUGCUGUACAUACCCAAGGAGGAGAGACUGUUCUCGGCCCAGGGGUGUAAGUCCAUCCCCCAGCGGAUCAACUUCUUUCUUCCUUAGAAGAAACGAGGGACGCCUGGAGGAGGUGUGGGGUUCACUCCCUUACAGGUGCAAAACACAACAUGUGUCUGUCCAGGUCACUUGCGCAAGGUUGGACAACAAGAGCACUUCCUGUGUGAGCGGAAAGAAAAAAGUGCCGUCGCACAUCAGUGGUGCGGCGGUGGAGGAGGACGUGCUGCCUUGUCGCAGCUUCUCGCUUGAGAUGAAGAACACCACGUGGUUAACGACAGUGGGGGAAAUAAUUAUAUAUAUUAGAAGUUUGUUCACUUCAGAAAUGAGGAAGUCUCAUUUACACAGAGGUGGAAAAAAGUACUCAAAAAAAAAAAAAAAAAAAAUACUUCUGUAGAAGUACAGCUGCAGUGGUGCCUUGAGAUACGAGUUUUAUUAUCCUCCUCCUUAAUUACCACAAUCUCAAAAUACACGUAUCUUAAAUAAUAUUUUGCCAUUGAAAUGGAUGGAAAUGCAAGUAAUCUGUCUCAGCACAGCCCCCCCAAAAAAACGUUCAUAGCUCAAAUUUUUGCUCCUAUUGCAAGACAAAAUAUCAGCCAAGCGACGGCUCGUAUCUUGAAAAACGUGUAAGUCAAGCACUGGUAUCUCAAGGCACCAUUGCUUGUGUAAAAAACAAAAACACUGUUAAAAGUAAAAUAACUUACUUAAAUCCUUCAGUAAGUUAUAAAGUGCAGUCUGAAUAUAUAUACAUAUAUAUAUAUAUAUAUAUAUAUUUUUUUUUUUUCUUCUGUCAAUUAUAUACAAUACAAUACCUGUUUUGAAAACUGGCACAAUGAAAAAUUCAGUAAAAACCUCUGCACACGAAAUAUUUUUCACUUAUAUUAACUUAUGUCGUCAGAAGAACAUAAAUCAUGGGACAAAAUAUUUAAAAAAUGUGUUCCCAAAGCUUUGCUAAAUUUGUGAACUGACUGACAAAAAAAAGCUAAAUUAGCUUAUGAAGACAACUGGGAAAAUACACCGUACGUGUGUAUGUUUUUGUUGUUGUUUUUUUUUUUACUCUUGAAAGUUAGUGUUUUUUUUAGGCUGGCACAUAACAGUGUGUUUACCAUGAAUUAUUGUUUAUUUUGAAUUCUUAUUGUGACUGUGAGGAUGGUGUUCUUUGCGUCAUCUCACAUUUUUCCCCCAUCCUCCAAAUACAGGUUGAGUUGAUGCCAAACAGCUCAUUUGAUUUCCUCUGACCUCAGCACUUUGUUAAAAGCCUUCGCUGAGUCAUUUAGAUGUUCACCGGCUAACUUAAAGCGCUCUUGUACGUGUGCUUUUUUGAGCAGGGGGGGACCUUCUUGGUGCCUUUUUGUAGGUGAUUUCAUUUUUUGCAUUUUUGGAUGAUACUGUGUCAUAUACCGUCAUAAAUAAACCAUAGAUUUGCACUGUUAAUUUCUUUGUUAGGGAGAAAAACUUACAAAUUCAGCAGGGGAUUAAAUAAUUAUUUCCUCCACUGUGUGUAGUGUGCAAAAGUGUUGGGAAACCUUUGGCUUUGUUGUAAUGCUUUUCUCACCACACAUUGUGACAUUGUAUAAGUAAAUACUCGUAAGAUAGAUACAAAUUAUACUAAACCAAUUUCCCUGGAAUGUACAGUUUGGUAAGAGUUGGAUACGUUGUUUUAUUUUAAUUAUUAAGUCACAAGCACUACCCAAGACUUUUGAACAGUGGUACAAUGUCCAGCCAGCCCCCACGCACUUUUAUGUUGCACUAUUUACUCUCUUGAAACGUGGGCACGAUUUAAGCAUUAUGACUGUACGUAUUGCUUUCUUUGACUACUCAUUUAACAUGCAUAAUGUUGUUGGUGAAGUGGAGCAAGUGGCCUGCAGGGUUAAAUGACCUUCGGUGUUUAAAGCAACUAAAAGGAACUCAAUUGUUACCAUGUAGGCAAUAUGAGAGACAUGGUGUUGAAAAGCAAUUACUGGACUAUAAUAUGUUGUCAGGAUUUGUUUGAAAGAUUAUUUAAAAGUAGCUGCACAACCACGACCCUGAGUGAGGCUGUAGAAAAUGGAUGGAUGGAUGGAUGGAUGGAUGGAUACUUUUUAAUCACUGAGUUGAAAGGAAUGCUACCACGUCAUGGUUUUUGUGUAUUUUUGAGCACUUAGCAUUUGGUCAUUGUUUUUAUUGUCACGUGAUUUUGCUCUUUGAAUUUUUAAAUUUCACAUAUCAAUAUGAAAAAUUAAAAAGAUUAAAACCCCAA